GUUUGAUUAGGUCACUCUUUUGUGUGAGUGUUGUGCGUGGUUGUUUUGUUUACGUUAUUUUGCUCAUUCAUAUCACACGUUUCCUUUAUAAUUAUUUACUCCGCCGUUUUUUGAACUGUUGUGUUAAAUAGCAAGUUAAUAGCAGUAUUACAAUUUAAUAAAUAAGAAACAUAAAAACAAAACAUUAGUAUUCAGAGGAACGUUAUGGUUCGAUUGUCUAGUGAAUUUUCGUUUUAUUGUGUUUUUUUAACAAGUGAUUAAAGCAUAGUGUACUAUAUUUACUUUGAGAUACCCCAAAGAGGUAACUGAGCGAUGAUCCUGUGCGCCGCGAUUGGUGGACGCGCUGACGUCAUGACGUAGCGCGGCUGCGAGUGGUGGAGAGCCGCGUGCCGCGCGCUGAUUGGUCAAUGAUGUCAGGAUUGCAGACGCGGGGGGAUGACCCGAUCAACGGAGUCGACGUACGGGAGCAAGGAAGUGCUUUGAGGGUGGCGACGAACACCCCCCAUCUGGUGAGCCUCGGCACCGGCAGGCUGAGUACGGCUGUGACCUUGCAUCCGAUCAAGCAAGGUCGAGUAACUAUCGGUUCUGAUCCCACCUGCGAUAUAUACGUAGUGGGGACCGGUGUUGCCAGCGUCCACUGCCGGGUGGAAAACUCCCACGGUGUGGUCACACUGUACCCAGUCAGCGGGAGCACGCUCCUCGAUGGGUUGCCAGUUGACAAGCCAACACGCCUGUCGCAGGGUAGUAUGCUAACAAUAGGCAGAUCGAACUAUCUCCGUUUCAACCAUCCCGAGGAAGCGAAACUCAUGAAGUCGGUACUCCCUUCUGGCCAUGUGUCUAUGGCCCCCGUACAGUUCACGCCGAAUGAGCAAUGUUUGCCACCGGGAUACGUCAACCACGCAGACCCCAACCAAUGUUACCAAAACACCAGCAUUAGUAAGAUAUACAAGGAUAAUUCCCUCUCCCAGCUAGACCAAGAGUUAGAUGUGACCCUAAAGGAAAUGUCCAGAAAACCACCAACUGUACCUAGGAAGCCUUAUAAGGAUCUAGACGCGUCAGAAUCGAAUUCAGACCAGGAAUCAAAACCGAAGAUAGGCAGUAUUAUGGCGAAGGUGUCCAAGUUUGAGUAUUAUGCUAAGCAACAGAAAAUCGGCAGAAGUCAAUUCUACACGAGCAACGAAAACGAAAUAUCUCCGAAGGUGUUCAGUUCAAAUUCGCUGACAGUCAACACGCCCGCUAGAGACGUCCUCGGCGGCCGGAACAUACCCAACUACAUGAACAAACUGAAAGACCAAAAGAUCAUAGUCCUGAACGAAAACAACAGUCUGGAUCCGAAGAACUGCUCCUACGCGAACGUCGCUGUGCGAAAAACCAAAAUAGACGAUAUUGUCAGAAAUUUCGAUGAUACGAGAACGGAGAAACUGAAAAAAGUCAAUAAUGAUCAACAACAGAGUCGACCGGAUAAUCAUAUCUAUGGGAAAAUUAAUGUAGAUAGACGCGACGUCAAAAAUGACUCGGACGCGUUCAGAAAUAACUAUAGAAAUCAAGAUCCCUAUCAAAAAUUGAAGAAUAGUGAUAGUUCGUACAGAAAUCAAGAUUACAAAAAUCAGGAACCGCCACAUAGUCUGCAGAAUUCGUACCAGCAAGACUCAUGUCAGAGAUUGCAAGACUCGUAUCACAGCGUGCAAGACUCAUGUCAGAGGAUGCAAGACUCGUGUAACAGUAUGCAGGACUCGUAUCAUAGCGUACAGGAAUCGUGUCAAAGGUUGCAAGAGUCGUAUCAAAGCCAACAAGACUCGUGUCAGAGGAUGCAAGACUCAUAUCACAGUGUACAAGAACCGUGUCAAAGGUUGCAAGAAUCGUAUCAUAGUCAGCAAGACUCGUGUCAGAGUAUGCAAGAUUCAUGUCACAGUAUGCAAGACUCAUGUCACAACAUACAAGGCUCGUGUCAAAGUACACAAGACUCGUAUAAAAGUCUAGAAGUUUCUAGCGGUGAUAUGGAAUAUACUAGAAAUGAAUAUGCUCGAAUUGAUAUGAAAAAUAUUCUACCCUCAUCUACGUUUGAUAGAAACCCGCAAUAUUCGCCUGUUUAUACAAAUUAUGGGUAUGAUAGAAGUUUUGAAGCGGAGAAUAGACGGAAGCAGGCGUAUCAAGACAGGCUGAAGGAAGAGGAACAAAAAGAAGCUGAAUCGGCUCGAUUGGAGGAGAUUUUGAACAUGUGUGCCGAGUAUGAGAGACAGAUCUCGUCAGGUAUACCAAUCACACCAACAGAAAAGAGGUCCCAUAAUAAAAUCAUCACCAAUGGCUCCCUGCCGCGUAGUGUUGUGGUGAACAAUCCGAACUUCGUUCAAACUAGUGAUGGAUAUUAUAAGUUUGAUACUAGUCAAAAUAAAAAUAAUAUAAUGAGCCAAUCGUUACCGAUACAAAGAAAUCUCUCGAGCUACGAAAACUUUGAUACAUCGCAAAAUGCGCUUAUGAAUCCGUCCACACCUGAAAUAACCAUUUCAGACAAUAACUAUGAAAACGUCGGUCGAAUGGACGAAAUAGGAAUCCCAGUAUUCGACGAUGUACAAAGAAACGAUCUCUCUAGUCCAAUAAUGAUAAGAAAACUCCAAAACGGCCCUAAACUUAACUCGCCCAUAGGUAGUCCAUACGAAAAUGUCUAUUUUAAAAAUAAUCUAGGUUUCAAACCGAAAUCUCCAAAUACACAAAGUCCAAGAACAAGGAUAAAAACAACAUUUGCUCAUAAAAACAUUCCGUCGCCUCAGUAUUUCAUAUUCCCCACGCCUCCGCCUACAAGCACCAACCCGUUCGAAGCACAAAAUCAAAAUGAUAGAAAUCAAACCCAAGCCAAUGACGUUGAUGAUAAAACAUGCACUGGUAUUGAAAAACAAUUAAGUCUCGAAGAAGAAAUACCAAUGAUCGAUGAUUCGGAUGUUACCAACGACAUUGAAUUUAGAUACUCAAAAAUAAUUAAAGACGACCCGGAAUCCGAAGCUAAUUUAACUAAAAAUAAGAGCUUCGAUGACGUUAAAAACGAAUUGAUGGCUGAUAUCCCUGAAUUGGAGAAGUUCGAAGAAGAUCUAAAGAAUAAUAGGGAAAAUGUAAUUAAAAAUAUACGUGAUGAAUUUAAAAAGAUCGAUCUAGAAGCAGACUCCAUAGAUAGUGUACUAGAAGAUAAUGUAGAUGAAUUGAAAUCCAAGUAUGAGACUUUGAAAGAGGAACGAAAGAAACUCGUGGGGGAGAUACACGAAAUUAAAUGUAAGAUGACAGAAAUAAGAUCACAGGAAGACGAUAUUUUGCGAGAGUUGGAAAUGGAAAAAGCCCUAAUCAAAGGCGAAUACGACUCAGAAAUAGCGAUACUAAACAUAGAACAAAAGAAAAAAGCAGAGUUGGCGGACAAAGCGAAGCAGAUCGAAGAAGAGAUCAGGCAAAUGAAAGAGAGGCAAGAGACGAGACAGAAUGAGAUGCGAGAUAGAGUCGAAAUCGCUACUAUGAAGGUGGAAAGGAUCGAGAAAGAUAUGAAAGAUAACUCCGCGACCCUUGAGGAGUUGCAGAACGCCCAGGAUAUAUUGGACAAUGAGACGAAGAUAUACGAAGAUUUGGAAUUUCAAUAUUUGGAAGAGGAAUCUGAACUACUAUCAAAUAGGGAAGACGUACAGAACGAAAUAAUGCUUCUCAGCAAGAAAAUAGACGCUCAAAAAACAAGAAUACUCACGCUGAAAUCAGAAGCGAAUAACAAUCUAACAUCCGCGCUCGAAGAGACCAAAAUACUACAAGCAGAAUACGUCAGACUAUUAAACCAAGUCGAAGAAUUGACUGGCAAAGUACAGAAUAUAGAAAAGGAGAUGAAGCCUAUAGUAUCGAAACUGAAUUAUAUAGAAAGGACUCAAUCGCCCGAUAGUGCGUUCUACACGGAUCAAACGAGAGCGAAAUCGGGUGAAUUCGGGUAUUCACCCAGUUCAGAUAGCGACGACAAUGACGUGGCAAAGCUAUCUAAUUUCGAAGAUCACACAAAACAAUUGAAAGACAAAUUUAACUCUAUAGAUCAGAUGUCGCAAUCGAUGAUCGUGGACAUCGAACGGCGUGUAACAUCUGACGCCAUUGAUCCUAUAGACGUUGACGAUAAAUACAACGAGAGUCCUUCUAAGUCUUCCACUUCGUCGAAAGAGAAGAAAGGAUUUUGGGAGCGCAACUUCGAUUCUCUCAAACGGAAGAACAAAGAUAAGAAGAAAACGGAGAAGGUCGACUUGAUGUCGCAGAGCCUGAACGAGAAUAUGUUUUAUAAUGACAACAUUGAAGUCGACACUUCGUUGGAUAAGUUCAACAGUUUGCGGCAUUCGAAAAAGAAAGAUAAGAAAGAAAACGGCCCCGUGAAAAGCAGCUCAUCGUCGAAAAUACCGACAUUCGCAGCGCUAGGAAAGAUAAUUAAAAAAGAUUCGCUAAAACGUAAAGAGAGCGCCAAUAAGAAUAGCGAAGACAGUGAAAACAUUAAAAACCGUUACGUGAAAAAUUCAAAAUCGACACAGUCGGAUAACAAAUACGUUAAAGCGAAGUCACUGUCGCCAGAUAAAAAAGAGCAGUCCAUCAAAGAAGAAAACGAAGACGAGUGUAGAAACGUGACAUUUGACAGUAAAAUAAAACCGGAUAAAGAAUUGAAAGUGAUGCAUAGAAAGAGUUGUGGGGACGAACCGAAUGUGCGGAGUGAGUUCCAGAAAAUGAGUGACAACGGCAAGAUACCCUCACAGGAUGACAUAGAUCGCAUAUCGAAGGUGACAAUGGACGCGCCGAUACUGUCCAGCGAUACGGAUAUGAAUUCCUUGGGGAAGAGGACGUUGGACAGUUUGAUGGAGAUCGAGAGGAAAAGAAUGGAGAUGCUGGAGGAGCAAGGCUGUCAAGUAAUUGAAAACGAACGAGAGAAAAUCGAGGCGCUGAAGCGCAGGGCACAGGACGAGACCAAGAAGCUCUGGCACGAGCGCAACAGCACCAAAACGCCCGACAGUGACAGAUGUCACCCGCCGUCGCGCGAGCCGGACGGCCGCGGUGACAGGUGUCAGCUGUCAAGCGAGCCGGACGGCCGCGGUGACAGGUGUCAGCCGUCGAACGGCCAGUCGCGCGACUUUGACAGGAGUGACAGUUGCUAUAGCAACGUGCUAGAGGACACGCCGAACGAUGACGCGUUCAACGUGACGGGAUCGACGAUGUUCGAAGAGAGUUCCGGAUUUUUAUCAUCGUCCAUUGAAGAGCUGCAAGUGAGAAACUCGCGCACCGAAUCGACCGAAGACGAGAAGCACAGCGAUGACAGCAGACCGCUCAGCCACGCAUCCGACUUCAGCAGGGACAAUAUAUUGUCACUUAGCAACGCGCCGCGCCGCAGCAGCAGACGCGGCACGACGAGCGAGUGGCAGCGGCCGCUCACGCGCUACCUGCCCGUCGAUAGAGACGACUUCGACCUGCGCACGCACGUUGAGUCUGCUGGUCACCAAAUCGAAUUAUGCCCCUACGUGACGGUGAACUCGAGCUCCUGUCGCGGUUACUUGCAUAAGCUGGGGGCCAAGUUUCACACGUGGUCCAAAAGGUGGUUCGUUUUCGAUCGCGAAACGAAAACGCUCGUCUACUAUUGGGACAAAACUGAGAAGAAGCCGCGUGGAGGCGCUUACUUUCAGGUCAUAGAAGAAGUAUAUCUAGAUCACGGCAAUACAUCGAAAUCACCGAAUCCCCAAACGACGUUCAUAGUUAAGACUCGUCAAAGGCGAUAUUAUUUAAUGGCGCCAUCUGGUGAGGCAGCAAGAAUAUGGAUCGACGUUAUAUUCACUGGAGCCCAAGGUUAUACGGAAUAUCUCGAAUGAUUCUGAGGAUAGGGUGGCUUUUGGGGAUAGGAAGGAUGUUUCAGGAUACGACGGUCUUUUGGGGAUGAGGAUGGAAUUGUAUAUGAUUUGAGGAUAAUCGAUUCAUAAUGACUAAGAAUCUACGUUAUCUGGGGUGGUUUAAAUUUUUUCAUGUAAUCUUAGUUUGAAAUAUACUGAGUAUAUAUUUAUUCCUUUUUAAUUAAAUAUUGUUUUAUAAGCUUAAAACUAAAUAAAAUUCGUGAUAUCAUACAUGCUAUGUCGUCAUAUAAAUUAAUGCCGAUUUUUUAUAGUAUUUCAUAUAAACAUAUAUACACUAGUAUGGUUUAUAUAUUAAUCAUAUGAAAUGGUUAAAUAUUUUUAUUUGCAUGAUCCUACU